AUAAUUUCAUUUGUUGCCAGUGAUUCAGUCGAACAAAACUAAACGUCACGUUUCGUUGUCGUAAUUCUCAUAAUAUUUUUCUCAAUGCUGCACAAGUGUGGUUUCCAUUAAUUGGAUACGAAUAUCAUUUCGAAAGGACUCGUGAUACGUACGGUUUACUGGCUCGUUUUUAGCAUGUAAUUAUUACCGUUUUUGGUCGUUUUUAUAAUUUCAAUACAUUUAUAUAAAAAAAAACGCGCGCUCGUGCGCGCGUGUAACAUUCUUUAGCAAAGAUGAAGAAAAUAAAGCCUGAACAUGUCUGCGGACUCGUACUUCUGACUUUACUUCUCGUUUUGGAUACGGCUUCAACGCGUGGAACUAAUAAACUCAACACUUGUUCGAGAUCAGCUUGUUUCGAUAAUGGAAAAUUUAAAUUCCAACCCGAUAUUGUUUACGUGUAUAAGCACUCGAUACGUUCACAAACCACGUUCGAUAAGUCCAAGAAUACAGCUUCAAUUGCUGAAUUCAAUUUUAAAGUGCAUAUACGCAUUAAAGACUGCGAUGGUUUUAUGUUUAUAACCGAUACGCGCAUUCAUAAAGGAGUAAAGACAAGGAACUUAAACACUGCCACUGUUGAUGAGACAAACUAUAUGAACUCAAAUGACAAAGUAGUAUACGAUGAGUUGGAAAAAAAUAUGUUGAGAUUUUCAUUCCAUGAUGGUCAUAUAAGCACAGUUUGUCCCGAGGAAAAUGAACCCGUGUGGGCUUUGAACAUGAAAAAAGCUGUACUCUCCACGUUCCAGAAUCGUAUGGAACGAUUUGAUAUUCAUCACACGGUCGCAGAGAGAGAUAUUAAUGGAUUUUGUCCCACAGCAUAUACAUUUUUAAAAUCAAACGGUACACAAAUGAUAGUAGAUAAAGUAAAGGAUAUUUCAGAAUGUACAGAGAGGUAUCAUAUGCAUUCUAUAAUUCCAACUUCAUCGUAUGUUUUUCAAAGCAAAUAUCAUAAAUGGUCUCCAGUGAAAUCGCUGUUUGUUUGUUUUUACUAUAUUGAUCAUCAUGUGAUUGUAAAAAUCGAUUGUCAAGAAAAACACUCAUUUCAUCCGUUUGCUAGCAAUGAAACAAAUAGCGCGAGAACAAAAAUAUUUCAAACGAUUGAAUUGGUCGGAGAAGAUUCUGCGUCAUAUUCUCAUCAUCCCAAUAAUUAUGAAAUUACAUCCAGACAGUCUUUAUUGUAUAAUCAUAAGCUAAUUAAUAAUCCAGAUUCAUUGGAUGAAACGGAAACUGUUGAACUAAUUAAAAAGUUAUGCAUAAUGAGUGAAGGACAAUUUAACCCGGAUUUUCCUAGUGAAUUUUAUAAUGUCAUUCAAGCUGCUAGAAAAUUAACGUAUGAUACCUUAAGAAAUCUUUAUAAGCUUUCACAAAACGAUGUGUGUUCUUCUGCAACCAAACACCUACAAAGUGCUUUACCGUACGUCCGAACCACAUCAGCAAUAAUACUGAUGAAAGAUAUCUUAUGGAAUGGAACCAUCAGUGAAUCUACUUCUACCGAGUGGUUAUUAGCAAUAUCAAUGUUCGACAGACCGGACGAUCAAGUGAUUUCUGAAAUCACUGAUUUGCUGUACAAGGAAAACGUGUCAUCGGAUAUCGUGUUGAGUAUCAGCUCUCUGAUUAACACGUAUUGCAAACUGAACCCGAAUUGCAAAGAGAACGAAAAACUUACCAAGGGCGUAAUGCACAUCGAAAAGAAAAUCAAAAUGAAUAUGCUGGUCAAAGAGAAUCGCGACGAGACAUUGAUGUGGCUAAAAUCGUUGGGCAACACGGGGCUGAGUUCGUCCACUCUACUUGACACACUGAACGCACUUAUUGCGAACGACGGCGUAACCGCUGACAUUCGAGUGUCCGCCGUCCAGGCUUACCGACGAUUCCCGUGUAAUAUCACCAGACCAGUUAUGUUAGAGUUCUUUGUCAAUCAGUCUUUGGACUCGGAAGUCCGCAUUGCAGCGUACUUACAAAUAAUGAGAUGUCCAGUGUACAGCGUGGUGAGACACAUAGUGUCAGUACUGGAUAAAGAAGAGGUCAAUCAAGUCGGAUCGUUUGUUUGGACACAUUUGCAAAAUCUAAAAAAGACUUCCGUGCCAUAUUUCUUGGAGCUGCAGACCAUGUUGUCUGGUGAUAUAAACAAAAAGUUCAACACUGACAUACGAAAGUUUUCAAGAAAUUACGAAACCUCAUUCUUUUUAAACGAAUACGGUGUCGGUGGUUCUAUUGACAGUAAUGUGAUAUUUUCGCCGAAAUCGUACAUACCGCGAUCCUUCACGUCGAAUAUUACGUUAACACUGUUUGGAGAGUACAUAAAUAUACUCGAAGUGGAAGUUUAUGGUGAGGGGUUCGAAAAUUAUUUAGAAGCAUUAUUCAAACCCGGUGGUGUAUUUAGUCCUGAUCGUGUUAGACAAGGAUUGGAAGUUCUCCGUUUCGUCCGCAACAUAAUGCCGGAGGGCCUUAAAGACAGGAUAAACGAAUUGCCUAAUGUUCUUUAUGAAAAUGUGCCUCCACCAAAGCUAUCUUUAGCGAUCAAAGUAUUCGGUAACGAAAUAAAAUUUUUACGGUUAAACGGAGUUGACGAGAUCAAUGAAGUUAUUCGUUCUUUUGACGUGUACAACAUAAUGAAAAGUUUUAUGAAUGGACGAGAGUUUAAAUAUGACAGGUCUACAAUGUUUAUGGAUUUGAAAUAUGUUGUACCUACUGGUAUUGGCAUGCCUUUGAUAUUAGACGCCAUCGGUACUUCAGCAAUAAACUUUAACCUGUCAAGUUAUAUAAACGCAGAAGCAUUUAAAAACUUUGGAGAGUUUAAGUUAUUAACAAAACUAUACCCAAGUUUGGCUUUAAAUUUGGAGGGAACCAUGACUAUGGAUUUUCAUUACGAGAUGACUCAAGCUAAAGUAAAAUCGAAAUUGUAUACUUCAACUGCUUUCGAAGGAACUACCGAGGUCAAAGGAUACAAAUUUGUGACAUUGGUAUUCGAUUUGCCCAAAACAAAAUCAGACAUUAUUAGUAUUGAGUCGGAACUGUUUUUGGAAGACCAUAAAUUAGAAGUUGAUACAGUUCAAACACCAAAUUCCAUUGUCCCUCCCACGCUAUCUUAUAGUUUGCCAUUUCUUGAAGAGAUGAUGGGUCUCAAAUUAUACACUAAUCAUCGGCUACCGAAUGCCACAGAAAUAAUCAAAUCGCCCAUGGUAAUAUUUAAUGGUCCGUUAAGGUUGAACGUUUUCCUUCUCAAGUUGGACGAGAAAGUUAAUAAAUAUGUAAUCGAAUAUAAAUGGAUCAACAGCAAAAAAAACUCUUCCGUUAGCUUUACCUACGAAACGCCUGGAUCUCUAGUCAAACAUUAUAUGAAAGCACUUCUGGAAAUGGACGCUCAGACGCAGAAUUUCACUUUACUGGUCCAAGGGAAAACCAUUCAACUCACUGCUUUAGGCCUGUACAGAAAUUCGCCGUUGCACAAGCUAAUGACGUUCACGCUAGACAUUAAUAGCGUAAAACACAUCGAUCUAUUGAUGGAGCUUAAGAUCCAAAACGAAAAGUAUGGCCGUUUGUAUUUGCCGAACGCGUACCUCGAAAUAAACGCUAAGAGAAUCGCUGAGCUCGAAGGACAAUAUAAAUGGGUAGAAAAAAAAGGAAUUUCUCAAUGUGACAUUAAUUUGACGUUCAAGACUACUAAGUUUGAUUCGACAAUUGUUGGCUAUAUUAAAAUCAACGAUGCUUCGACCGCUUUGAAUUUAAUAUUUGAAUAUACGUUUGAUAAAGCUAUUACCUUGGAUGUGAUCAAGAUCCAAGUGAAAGUUAGCGAUCGAUCAACAAAAGCUUUGUCUUCUUUGCAAGGAGUCUUGCAACUGGAAUCAUCAGCUUAUCCACAUAUUAACCACGUGAUUUCGGCCGUAUAUCAGAAAGCGCAAGGUCACACAGAAAUCCGCGUUGAUUUUGUGAACUAUCCUAAUCUGAAGGACAACAGUAAAAAGUUACACGUCGAAUUUGGGUUCACUCAAAUCAAAUACUAUACGGGCAGCAAUAUAAACUUAAACUUGUAUGUCACUAAAGCGGCGGACAAUAUAAUGUUUAAGUUUAUUACGAAUCACCAGGGCACAGAAACCACGUUCAAUACUGCUGUUCUUGUACAAUACGCGUUAGAUAAAAACAUCACCGCCAAGCUCGACAUUUUCAUACCGCAUGGCGAUUUAUUGAACGUAGAUACGAGAUUCCAACUGACCAUGCCGUCUAGCACGAAUCCGCUUGAUAUACGUUUGGUGAUCAAAGAAAACAUCAUGGACGAAUACGACAUUGAUUUUUCGGGGUCUUGGUUUGGAGGACAAAGUUUAACGGCUAGAGGACUGUAUCAGGACCGUUCCAAGUACUAUCUGACGGACCACGCGCUUAAGCUUUUCAUACAGUCUCCAAUGUUUAACGACAUUUUAUUUGUGGGUAAAAUUUACGUAUCGGACGAGGAAUACCGAUUGGAAUCUUGGGUAGACCACAAUAAUACUAAGCAUGCUAUACUUUUGAGACAUAUUGCUAAUCUUGACAUGACGUACGAGUCGUACGGUGAACUGAAAUUAAACACAAGCACAUACUCGGUUUCUAAUCUAAUCGAUCUGAAACGUCACGAAAUCACGCUGGAUGUGCACAUGGAUCAGUAUAGAGAUGUGUUUAUUUACGGUAAAGGAUACGCCAAGGAGUGGAACUCGCACAUGGUGUUCGAAAUAAAAUGGGACGCCAAUCGAGACCCAGAUCAAAAGUUUUUGGUGACUUUUAAAACGAAUACAAGUGACAUUUAUGACGGAGAACAAUUUCUGGGCCAACUUAUUAUUGAGUACCCUGAUCGUAUAGUCAACGUUGAUUUAGAAUUGAAGUACAUAGGACAACAUUAUUUCAUCUCGAGUUCAGUUGAAUGGAAUCCAACAUCAAGAAUUGUCUUUUCAUUUGUCUUGAAAAAUGAUUUACUGUCCAAAGGAAGUGGAUUUAUUGGUUGCAAGCUGCUUACGCCGUUUGAAAAUUGGAUAAAAACGUUAUAUGAACAAAGCGUUCUAAUAGGACCGCAGAACCUGCAGACAAAUGGAAACAUAAUGUGGCAAAUAAGUCAAUAUUUGAAUUUUGACGUGCAGUCUGGUUACCAUACUCUAGAUGAAGACUUUGGAUUUUCAUUUAACACAGCAGUGCGCAGUUCACUGCAAGAUCUAAACGCCAUUCGCAUAUACCUCAACCAUAACUAUGGUAUUUCUAACUUCAACACAAGUGUUUUGCUCCAGAUAAAUCCAAAAUAUGUCAUAUCUUUAGCGGUAACUGGUAAAAUUAACAGCACAAAAACGGAAACAAUUUACAGCGGUUCCAUAACUACUCUUACGCCAUUUUUCUAUUACAAAGCGUUUAAUUUUGAGAUAGAAGUGGGUUUUCAAGAAAAAAAACUCAACGGAUUCAUUGGACUACAAAUAGAUUCCAGUAAUUUUAAAGUCGAGUUCCAUGGCAUUUAUAGUCCACUGGACAAUAGUAAAAUACUAUUGAAAAUCACGACUCCUUACGAAAAUUACAAGACUCUAUACGGGAAAGUCGGUUAUAUGGCGAGGAAAAGACACGUAUUUCUCGAUAUUUUCGGGGACAAUUUCAAACUAGGCGCUGAAAUGCUUUAUCUGUACAAAAACCUAUCGAAUUAUGAUCUCAAAUUACGCAUAAACAUACCUGUCAAUCCGUUGAAACAGCUGAUCAUCGCCGGUAAACUUAACAGUGAAUUGGUGGACUUUCGGCUCGGAUGGAAUCAUUUCGUACUCGGUUUCACCGGUGUCUCGCACUACAUCAGCUGGUCCGACCUCGAAUACUCGUUACAGAUAUACACUCCUAUAGAGAAGUUGACGUACAGCAGUGCUACCGUGAAAAUCUAUAUCGUGGAUGACAUUGACUGCGAGAUUCGAGCGGUUCUACCGGAUUCUUCCAUGCUAGGAGUGAAGCUGUUAUACGCGACUAUACCGAAACCAGAAGAAGUAAACGAAUAUUAUUAUGACGAAGAUGCCGAAUUAUCGAUGAUAUUAUACAACGGUCAUUUUGAAAUCGACAUGGCCUUUUACCCUUCGGUAGUGGCCAACUUCAAAGUUUUACAAAAGGACGUCAAGUACACAACACAAGUCGGCCUGUCGGCGAUCAUAGUAAGAGUUGCGCUGACGGACGAAUUGUUUUUGAAAAAUUUCCUGGACAUAAAAAAUACAUUAAACGUGUCAACAUCAUACGAUCGUUUUUCAAAAGUAGUUUCCGAGUUUGCAGUGUUCGCUGAAAACGAAAAUCACAUUGUGUCAAAUUUAAUCGUGUCCAUAAUCAAUUUCAAUAACACACUGAAGACUGCAAUCGACGUUGACUUUCUGACGACGACCCUGGCAGAUCCCGGCUCCGAAGACUUGGAUGAUGCGGAUCUGUCUAACAAAGUGCCGAGCGGCAUGUACGAAAUAAAAUUCUACUUGAAAUCGCCUUUCAAGUUGCUCGAGUUCUGUAACUCAAGCGUGACUUUGAAAAUUCUUAAACAAUUGUACGAAACGAAUAUCACAGUGAGAACGAAUUACACCAAUCUAAACGUCGUGGGAAAUAUGGAGGUCUAUGACGGGUACUUCGAUACGGUUGUGGACGUGGACGUGACGUCCAAAUUGUUCGAACUGCCCGUGUUCCGGGUGCAGGUGAAGAAAGAUUACACAGAAAUCGAGAAGAACGUACGGUUUGUGAUCAGUAGACCGGUAGCAUCGAGAAUCAACGAAGUAGUGUUGGAUAUCAAGAGCAAUUGGCAAAUAGACGGAUAUAACUUUAUAAAGUUAAGCGGCGAAAUUGUUACGCCAUUCGUGGUGCUCAACCACGUCCAAGGAAGCCUACGAUAUUUUCAUCAGAUCAACACCAAGUCGUAUUUCUUGGAGUCGUACCUCAACUAUUCCGGAAAGGCCGAAAUGAAAGCCAGAGCUCAUCUGGAAGAAAAGUCGAUCACUCUGAAUUUGGAAUCUUCGCUGGAGGGAUUAAGGAACGUACACUUUUUGGGUUCGUUGAUUGUGAAGAACGGCCGUAAAGGAAUCGACGCAAUGAUGAUCGGUGACCAGUCGUACAGGAUCAGUGGCUGGGCAUCGGCGAACGUUUCGUUUCCAUUAGCACUGGAUGCUUAUUUGACCAAAGAAGGUGCUCCCGUCGGCAGUAUAGUGAUGCAAGUGAAACACGAUUCUCACGGCUACAUGAUUUUGGCUAUGUUACAAUCUUUGAAGAAAAUUAUCAGACUGAAUACACUAAUCGUGACUACCGACGGAGGAAGAAUGACUUCAGUGGAGAUAUCCUCCAUGCAGGGAAACUCUGAAGCGGUUUUCGUAAAGAGCUCAUUGGUAUUUAGACGACCGGGAAUAUACUUAGUUAACGUCCAAGGUGAAUCUAUAAUUGACGGUGUAUCCACGCUGUUGUUGGGAGACGUCAAACUGUGGUUCAUUGGCGACAAAGGUGUAAUCAGAAGCUCGUUGGAAUCCAGGUAUCUGAACGGUCACAUAAACAUCGACUGGGUGCUGGCGCCUCCACGGCAGAUCUGGGGCACUGUCGACAUCCAGUACGCGCUAAACAAAAUGCCGUACCAAAAGCUUUUUACCAAGGUGUACUUCAUCGCCCCCGAGAACGGGAUCAGUCAGAUGAGCGUCGGGGCGCGCGUCAACGCCAACAACAAGUGGACAUUUGAGGCUAAUUCAACGGCGAUGAUACCAUCUCUACGGAACAUAUCGUUUUCGACGCAUUUGAUAUUGCCGCAAAACAUUACCAACAAUUACGCGAUUGUCGGUAAUUUUAAAAUCGAGGACCGAUUCGAAUAUAUUACGCAUUUGUUCCACUAUCGGUCUCCGGAUUUGAACUACGAGUUUGCUACGUUCAGUGAGGUUUAUUGGGAUAACAAAAUUGAUGGUGUCGUGUCGUGGGCGUACAGAACCGAAAAUCGUGUGUUUCUCGUGGACGCAUUUACAGGAGUGACCAUGGAACAUUUUUAUGACAUAAAAAAUGUGUUCGAUGCGAGUUUCCUCAAGCACAGACACGAAUCCCAUUUGGUAUACGAGAAACCUGAUAAGCAGCACAAAAUCAAGCUGAACAUAUUUUAUCCGCCGGAAACCAAAAUCACCUCGGCAAUUGUUGAUUUUGAAUCGUUCGACAAAUUCAUAUCGUUCAUCAACACGACUACACCGUUCGUUACGAUUUCUUACUUCGCGUUACGUGUUCUGGCCGAAACGACACCGUUGAACUACCAUCGUCACAUCGAAGUGUUUUGGCCACACACCAGCGCUUUGUUGAACGCGACCAAAGUGAAAACAUUUAAGGAAAUAAGUGUCUUAAACGUGGGCGAAAUAUUAUUACACUUUCCUAUCGACAAAAAGUACCACGUCGGCAAGUUCGAAUUCAAAUACGAAGACUUGACGAAUAAAAUUGUUGGUGAUUCAAGAGUGAUUUACGACGACAAAAAAAUUAUUGAAGGAAACUUUACUAGAAGAUUCUCGAGACACGAGGACAAUUUCAUGGACGAUAACAUCGAUUUGACGGUGCAGAAUAAAAUGUUACCGUUGGGCGUGAGGUACCUGUGCAGGACGAACAACGAAAGCCACGUAGCUACCGAAAACUCGCCCAAAUUAGAUUUCAAGCGUAUCGAAUUGUUUAAAAUGAACAACGUGUCCGAAUUCAACGUGACGUUUGAAAUGCUGCAGUACAAAUACGAAGUGGCCUACCAAAACAUUUUCAAAGUGAUAAAUUUCAACAGAAGUAUCAUGAUCAAUUCACAUUACGCCGGUGAAAACGACGAUUCGUAUUCAAGGAACGUCAAAAUUAUUCUAAAUCCCCUAGCCUGGUUGGACUCGGCAAUCAAAGUGACUUACCAUAACUCGACUCCCAGCGAGUACGGAAAAAUCAUCGACUUGAACGUUGCGUAUCCCAGAAGGAAUUUCUCCGUAGUCAGUGACGUGGAAACGGACACCAAAUACUUAAUGUCCCAGAUGACGUUAAUACAGCACAGGGCCACGCCGGCCGAUGACUACGUCUUCGGAUAUCGAUUUGAUUGGAGAAAACUCGAGUCCACGGUGAACAGACAUCGCAUCGCAAUGCUAUUAUUCCAUCCCUCAUUUCAAAAAAAUGUUACGAUUAGAGGAAAUUAUUCGCGUGGUAACACGAUACUAUUUGACUUGAAUGCCGAAUACGAUUAUGCGACGGAUUCAAGAAGGAAGUUUACAAUUGGUUGCUUGAUUGAAAACAAUUCGGCAAAAUCAAAACGAAAUUACUUUUUGUCUCUCAAAGGAAGACACUUGAAAACAAGAUUUAAAUUGGACGCUUCUGGAACUUUUAAGUCACAAGAAUACUUGCAUUUCUUUCAUAACAAUGUGACUUAUAAGCGCGCCUAUCUUGACGAUCAGUAUUGGGACGGAAAAGGUUUGUUGGACUUUUUCAACAAGACCGUACAGAUAGAGAAACAUUCCAUUCACGAUACUACUAUUAUCCACGGUAACUACAGUAAUCUCGAUGGCACGCAUUACGUCAAUGGUCUGGUACGAAACGGUGACGAUCAGAAUAUUGUCGGAAAAUUCUACAUAAAUAUCCCGCGAAAAGAUACGAACAUGGUUAUUAAUUUCACUCCAGAUGCUACAAAACAAAUGUUUAUGUCCGGAAAUGUGCUGGAAAGUAAAAAAGCUAAAUUUAAUAUAUGGAGAACCGAAAACAAUGUUAUCAUUCCGGAAGUUGGGUUCUCUUUGAGUCUUAACCAUUCUAGACUUUUGUCUUCUUCUUUGGAAUGGAGAACUGAUCUAAAAGACAACAUAGUGAACGCUUUACGAACGUCUAUUAACCAUACUUGGAGCUACAUUCAAGAAACGACGGAGUUUUGGACGCAGUACAUAAAAUCACAAACGAUGGAAACGGCAAACGGCAUUUGGGCGGACACGAAACCGGAAAUACAGGAAUUCAUCAACGACAUAAGCAAUUUCCACGUACUAGAAGAAGACAUUGCGUACUUCAGAAAGGUGUUUAACAACUCUUACAAUGCUAACGAGUUCUACUUGAAAGACAUCCACGGGCUAUACAUCGCACUGAUGGAAGAUAUGACAUUUGUAGAAAAAAUGGGUUCGCUGCCGCAGAUUGUAAACGAAAUAUGGACUGCACUAGGUGACACAGGACAGACGAUCAGAAAAUCUAUAGUUUGGUUCAUCGACAGUAUAAAAAUGGCUUAUAACGAAUUUGGAAAGCUGUUGAAACAACUGAUGGAAGGCGAAGCUAUUGUUUACGUAUCGGACUUUAUUAGUAGUUCCAUGGUGAAAUAUGACAAAUUGAUAAGAGACGUUCAUAUCUCGUUCAUAAGAUACGUGGAAAGCAUGUUGGAAGAAUCGUCGAACACGGUGGCCGCGUACUGGAGUAACGUGCUGAAAACAAUCGAGCCGACGGUGGUGCAGAUUUUCCAUCACAUCGAAGCCGUUUUCGUGACGGCUACGAAACAAGUCAUCCAGUUUUUGUACGCGAGACAGCAAGAGCUUAUGCUUUCACCGUAUUACACGCAGACUCAAAACAUGACCCAAGACUUGGACAAAUUCUACAAAGACCUCAUGCACAACGACGUGCUGACGAACCUGAAGAAAUACACCACGAUGUUGUACGACGUCAUCAAAACGAGAUAUUACCCACUCAUACCGUUUGCGACUGAAAUAAACGCCCUAAGACUGGAAAUAACAGACGGUUUAUAUCAGUUACUCAAGUUGCCGUUAAUCUCUUACGUGAUCGACAACAUCAAAACAAUGAUCAACCAAAUCGUUUGGUUUUGCGAGUACAUCGACUUGUCCAAAAAAAUACAAAACUUUAUUCCUAAACUAAUCGAUCGAGUCUAUGACCUAACGUACACAGCAGUUGAUAACGAGAUGAAGUAUCAUAAGGCAAAAACGAAGUUUUUAUGUAACCCGGAAAAAGGAAUUUUAGAACUGGAACAAAAGCUACCAUUCUCCUGGCAUGCUUUUAAUGAGACGCCAAAAUACGAAGAAAUUCCUGAAUACAGAAGAGUCACUAAGCUGUUGAACAUGUUUGCACCUCAUAACGUUACGUUUUGGUUUUUGUACUACAAUCUGAUGCCACUUAUGGAUUACACAAAUUGGCUUCCACCGUACCGAGCACACGCGAUGGUUGUCGGCUCGCAGCACUUUGUAACUUUCGACCAGAGACAUUACGACUUCAAAGGCCGCUGUUCGUAUCUUCUAGCCAACGAUUUCGUCGGACAAGAGUUUUCACUGGUACUCAGUUACGAAUCGGAAAUCAAAGGCCAAUAUACUCUGUUGCUAUUGCUGGGACACGAUACGAUUUCGAUAAAUCUUCAGCGCAAGGACGUGAAGGUUUUGCCCGACAGCGUCAAACAGCUGCCGUUGCAACUGAAUGACACGAUAAUCUACUAUGAGAACGAAAUGCUCAUUGUGGAAAGCAUGAGGGGCAUAUCUUUGAUAUGCAACAUGCGUUUCCAGUACUGCACUUUCCACAUAUCAGGAUGGUAUUUCGGGAAAACCGCAGGACUGCUGGGCACUCUGGACAACGAGCCCAGUGACGAUAUGCUGUCGUCGAACGGCUACGUGGAAUCGGACAUUUUCAAGUUCACGGAGAGCUGGUCGUUGAACGAGAACAGUUGCAAUUCGUACACGUCGUUGAGGAAAUUGUCGCCUACCAGUCAAACCGUGGAAGUCUGCGACAGCUAUUUCAAACACAAGACUUCGCCGUUGUUCACGUGCUUCUCCGUGAUAAAUCCCAGCCCGUACUACGAGCUGUGCCUGAGGUCCGCCAACAAGAACGAAACGUGCACGUCGGCUACGGCGUACAGCGAGAUGUGCUCCAUAGAGAAUCUGCCGGUCCGGAUACCGACGAGCUGCGUCAAAUGUCACGGGGCCAACGGCACGGAGAUCACCGAAGGCGAGUUUUUGCAUUUCAACGGCAGCCACGUGCCGUCGUCCGCCGACAUUGUGUUCAUCGUCGAGGCCAAGGAGUGCAACAGAAACCUGACGGAAAAGCGGAACGUGCACACCCUGCUCACGAUAAUGGUCAAAGAGUUGCACGACGUGGGCAUGACGGGAAACAGAUUUUCGGCAGUUUUCUUCGGAGGAGACGGCAUCUUUGAUGAACCUCACAGCAUUGUCGUCAACAACCAAGUUUUUACUAGUCAAACAUUGUUCUUGCAGUAUUUGAACAACAUACAAAUCGGCGACGGCAAUUCCGACGUGUUCAAUGCGAUUAAGUUCGCGUCAAAAUUGCAAUUCAGAAUGGGACACUCCAUAAUAUUUAUACUGAUUCCAUGCAGUAGCUGUGAUCCCUUGAAUAUGAUGUUGGACUAUUCUGUUAUCAACCACAUAAUCACGGAGAAAAGUAUCAAGUUACACGUUUUAAUGGACAAGCCGUUCGUCAUGGAUAAGUCACGAUCGGGCAGCUCGUUAUUCGGUAUCGACGCCGAAACCGCGUACACGAGAAACGACUACAAGGCACUUAAGGGAGACAUGGGCCUCAGAAAACAGGUGAAACUGAAAAACACGCUGGGACUCUGUACGCCGCUCGUUUUGGAGUCGAACGGUUCUCUAUUCACCUCGAAGAAAAUGGAAACCGACAAUUUAAAUUUGGUAAAAAAAUUCUUACAAGUUUUCGCUAAAAGGAUAGCGAAGACGGCGUCGGCACCGAAAUGUCAAUCGUGCGAGUGCAACUCGAACGAUGACGGAAUCAGUUACAUGGACUGCUAUCCUUGUUCGUACCCUACGCCCAUUAACAUUGAAUACCCUUUUGACGACGAUUUCACUGGACCGCUUGUCUUUUCGUACGAUUCUCGUAACGGGUUCUACGACGACAACAUUAAUUAAAUAACCAUUACACGUAUGCUGCUACAAUAGUUAGACGCGGAGGAUACUCUCUAAUUCUUUAAUCAUUACAUUUUCGUUAUAUUAUUAUUAUAUAUUAUGUACAUUUUUA